AUGAUUGCAGCGGGAGUCAUUGGCUGUGUCUAUUUGUUCUGCACUGCAGUACUCUUUCUGGGGGUCAAAGAAAAAGAUGAUCCCUUUGCAUUCCAGCCUGGCAUGGUUAUGCCUUUUUGUAGCGGUUUCAGACAGUCGAUGCAGCACGGGCCGUACCUUUACCUGAUAUCCUCCUUCCUGCUUAUUUCAGCUGCUGUUCAGCUUCAGCAGAGCAAUUUUGUCCUUUUUUGCACACAUGCUGCAGACAACCUGCGAAAACACUUCCAGAAUCUGGUACUGACCAUCCUGAUCUCCGCUGUCAUGAGCAUCCCCUUCUGGCAAUGGUUUCUUCAACGAUUUGGCAAGAAAAAGGCAGCUUUUGGAAUUUCAUGGAUGAUUCCAUUUGCCAUCAUGCUGGUCACCAUACCGAAUCUCAUUGUGGCUUAUGUGGUUGCUGUGACAUAUGGAUUUAGCAUUGCUGCCUCUUUACUCCUGCCAUGGUCCAUGCUUCCCGAUGUGGUGGAUAAUUUCCGUCUAAUGAAUCCUCAGGCCAAGGGACUGGAGGCCAUAUUCUACUCUUCAUUCGUCUUCUUCACCAAGCUGUCCGCAGGGAUCGCUUUAGGAAUCUCUACACUGAGUCUGCAAUUUGCUGGUUACAGCAGUGCGGCAUGCAAGCAGCCCUACCUCGUGGUCCUGACACUCCAGAUUCUGAUUGGUGCAGUCCCAGCUGUGCUCAUCGUUCUUGGUUUAUUCAUCCUGAUCUUCUACCCAAUCACAGAAGACACAAGAAAGGAGACAGAGCUUGCUCUUGAUGUAAUGAGGUUACGGACCCGGAGAUCCACUCUUAUAGUCAUCUGA